AUGCCGACUUACGAAUUAGCAGUCAUCUUCAAAUCUUUGCAGAGGCCUGAAUUUGCACAAGCAAUCAAGCGAUCUUGUUCCUAUGUUAUGGAGCAAGGAGGGCUUAUUCGAGGAAUGGAGAAUCUGGGUCUGAAACCCUUGCCUUACAAACUGAGAAAUCAUGGACAACGUUUUAAUGAAGGAAAUUAUAUUUUGAUUCGCUUUGAUGGGAAGACAGACAUUCCUGCACAGCUGGAAGGCUCUUUCAAAUAUGACACAGAUGUUAUCAAAAAGAGAGUGUUCUUGGAAGAAAAGUGGGUUCCGCCAUGUACGACAGGGCCGUGUGAGUUUGGAGAGCUGAAAAAUCCUGAUCAUGAAAAAGGAAUAUGGUGGGCUAGAGUCCGUCGGCGUUUUGUUAGGAGCGAGCGGAGGAAAGCUCAAAAGAAAGCAUAA